AUGGCAUCAGAUUCGUACGACAGCCUUCACAAAGAAAUUUACGAUGAGGUAUACUCGCAUCUAGCAAGGAAGGACCGGGAAUCUCUUCGUUUUGCGCCUGUCGGGACCGCUGAACAGGUUUUGCACGGAGACAAACUCCGGCGGUUUUUCCACAGUUUGCUCGAGCCUGGACAUGCGCUACUUGACCAGUUUAACGCUACAGAAGAAGAACUUGUCGAAAGAGUGAAGCGAAGACAACUUCAGCCGUUCCUUAUCGUGCUGGUCAUUGCGGCAUGCUCUGUGAGAUCCGCAAGGAAAGCUACAGCAGCUCUCCUAGUGGAGAAUGAGCCUGUGAUGGAAAGACAAGGAACAGAGGUCGGCUCUCUACCUGCUAACCGGGAAGAUCUCAAAGCUCUGUUUGACGGAGACGAAGCUGACGCAGACAAAUUCUUGGGGAAGCAAGCGUAUUUCUGCCCUGUGAUUAUCAACCACGGGAUCGAAUUGAAAAUCGAUACCAUCGACUACCGACGACUACCCUACUUGGAGGAGCAGGACAUUGGGAAAGGAUACUUUGGACAUGUUUUCAAAGUAAAGAUAGCAAAGGGCCACCUAAUCGAUCCUGUUCAGGGAACUGCGAACCUGCAGCCCGUGGAAGUAGCGCGCAAAGAUUAUUAUGUUAGUGACAAGUUUGACCCGGCGGGAGAGCGAGAAAUCAUGGAGAUGAUCCGCGCAAGCUCCGCUUGGGAAUGUCCAAACAUCUUGAAGAAUAUGGGCAGCUUGGCGUUUGGCUCAACUGUAUACAGCCUUUUCAUGCCGCUUGCGAUAUGUGACCUCCGAGCAUAUAUGAUGGAACACCAUCCAACACGGCCUAAUAGUAUCGAGGAAAAGAUAGACAUCAUCCGCUGUGCCAUGGGUCUUGCGGGAGGUCUCCACUUUCUCCAUCAUGAAAUGAGGACCCCAAAAAUGGAGGAUCUUGUUUGUUACCACAUGGACCUGAAGCCUAGCAACAUCUUGAUCUUCAGUGAGCCUGGGGCGGAUGGCAAGAUCCGCAAUAUUUGGAGAAUUAGUGACUUUGGCAUGUCCCGCAUGAAAAUUCGUCGUUUCAGUGGGGGCUUGGGAGAGGAGAAAAAUGUGAAUCGAUGGUUCCUUCGGCGUUCAGAGCUAGAUGUGAAAGACCCUUCUUUGUCAGGUACGCUUAAUCGAAGAGCAGAGGGCACGUACCUGGCGCCCGAGGCAGAAUCUGGAGACCGCUCAAUGAAGACUAAAAGUGACGUCUGGUCCCUUGGCUGCGUUUUGAGCGUUCUCUUCGCCUAUAUGGAAGAAGGGCGACAGGGGGUGGUACGUUAUGCAAAUGAGCGUCUCAAAUGUAAUGAAGUCGGUGCCUCUGACAAGUUCGUCGUUCGCGGCUUCAGAGGCACAAAGCCGAAUCCAGCUAUCAGCAAAACCCAUGGUUAUCUGAUAGAGAAAGCGAAUGGACGUAGCUCGCAUGAGGGCGGCAUUGUGAGUAGCUUCUUGAGUUAUAUCGAGAAGCAUGUUCUGCAAAUAGACCAGUCGAAGCGAGAAGACGCCAAAAAUGUGGAAAGCAUGCUCCGGGUGACUUUCAAAGGAUACGUUGAACUCGGAGAGAAUCCUUCCAGCAAUGUGGCCAAACCGCCUACUGGGAUGCGAGGCGUCCGGCAGAAGGUCCAGGAAAGAAUAAACCACAAAGACGAGGAUGCAACAACCGCAAGUGUGUAUCAGUGGUACCUUUCCGAGACCGAGGCCUUCAAGGGCUGUCAAAUAUCUCCAGAUAGCUCUUCCAUUGCGUACUGGACAGACCUCGCUUCCACAACGCAGGCUACGUUCCAUACACAACAUAGUCUUAAGGAUCCCUGCACAGUGGAGCUACCAGAGCAGCCAGCAAUCCGAAAAAUUGCCAUCUCUCCAGAUAGCCGAAUCCUCGCAUGUGUUUUAAGGGCCAGAGAUGACGAUCGCAAACCGGGAUCUGUGCUCAUCUAUCGUCUUGCAGACACAGGCCAAAUCUCGUCCACAGACCGGUGGUGGAAGCGUCCGCUGAAGUGGCCAGCUGGUGACAUUACCAAGCUCUUGUUCAACACCACGGACGAUAUUUACCUCGUUUUCCGACCUCAGCUUACGGUCCCCAGCGCCGAUCGCAAAGUAAGCGCGGGGCGCGGACAGCAGCAGCACCGCGCGGCUUUUCACAACCUUCGCUCCGUUCCACAAAAAGCCUACCAUGACCUAGCAGCAGAAGGAACAACAGCUCCUAAUCAAAGGGAUAUCAAACAAUAUCGAUUGCUGAAAUUACUGAUAAAUUCCCGAGACGAUAAGUUGUACGCAAUCGCUCGGCAGCCGAUCAAUUAUAGGUUGCUGUUGGUGGAGAUGGCUCUACCUCGGUCCACCGAGGAUAAGCUUCGCUUCAAGGAACUGGCAUGCCUUCCGGAUCUUGCGAAGGACGAUCAAUCUACUGAAAGACUUCGGGAGGUAGAAGGAGGGGGUUACAUUCUCAUCGCAUCGCUCGUCGGUAGCGGUCGGCCCGCGAUACACAUGGUUGGAUUCAAUGACGGCGCAGCGGAAUGA